UACUGAUCUGAAAUAAUGUUUUGUCCUUUAACUCUAGACUUGGAGUGGAAAAUUAUCUAUGUGGGUUCUGCGGAAAGUGAAGAAUAUGAUCAAGUUCUAGACUCUGUUUUGGUGGGUCCUGUUCCUGCAGGAAGGCAUAUGUUUGUAUUUCAGGCCGACGCACCCAACCCGGGACUCAUUCCAGAUGCAGAUGCAGUCGGUGUCACCGUUGUGCUAAUUACUUGCACCUACCGAGGUCAAGAAUUUAUUAGAGUUGGCUAUUAUGUAAAUAAUGAAUAUACGGAGACAGAAUUAAGGGAAAAUCCGCCAGUAAAACCAGACUUUUCUAAGCUUCAAAGGAACAUUUUGGCAUCUAAUCCCAGGGUCACAAGAUUCCACAUUAACUGGGAAGAUAACACAGAAAAACUGGAAGAUGCAGAGAGCAGUAAUCCGAAUCUACAGUCACUUCUGUCAACAGAUGCCCUACCUUCAGCGUCAAAGGGGUGGUCAACAUCAGAAAACUCGCUGAACGUCAUGUUAGAAUCCCACAUGGACUGCAUGUGAUUGACCAGCUGCCAUCCCGUUAGUACAGAUUAAGCUAUUACACAGACAGAACUAUUUCCCUGAAAUUCCAUAAGUACAUAGUCAAGACACAAUGUGAAGAAUUUCAUCCUGUAGAAAGUUUGUAAGAAAACCAGUAUUGAGCAAAUUGUGGAAUAUAAAUACAACUAUUUUUAAGUAA